AUGGCCACUACCACCCAUACCAUGAACACGAAUCGGAGAGAAUCAAGAUUGAAAAGAGUGAUGGCACAUUUAUUUCCUUCAAGAAUGAUGAUCCAGACACAAGAGAAUGAUAGUACAACCAAAGCAAUGAAUAGUUCCCGAAAACAACCAUCAUCACCAUCAAACAAUCGUUUAGAUGGUACAGAUGUACCACUAUCAAAAUCAUCAAACAUGAAAACAACUACUUCUUGGUCCAUUCUGUCAUCACUUUUGCAAUACUUAUUGAAAUCUAAUUUAUUAUUCCGAGCAUGCCAAAUUGAUGAAAAACAAUUCAAAAUUCAGCAAGAUUUUGAAAACUUGAAUGCAACUCCUCUUUUGAAGGAUAUCAACAUGUCCAAAAUUAUUCACAGUGAUAAUCAUGAUCAUCAUGGAAAUACAGAGAACCUCUUUGUCCAUCACGCUCCCGGUACAGAUGAGAAGAGAGGCUUAGUAACAGCUGCAGCUGGUAACCCAACAGCAACACGUACCGCAAGUAACAACAACAACAAUACAACACCUACAGCAACAACCACUCGCUCGGAUCCAACUUCUCAUCCCGGGAUUAUCAACAAGUUCAUUAGAAGUUUUCAAGGAAAUCCACCACUCUCGACGGACUCCAUUCAAGCAUUCAACAAUAUUCUCUUUUUAGUGAAUUCAAUUCCUCCUUCUGUGAAUAGUGUCAGUAUUUUUGACAUCAUGUUAAGAAGUUCAAAAUUGGAUUCAGAUUUACUUCCGUUUUUGGCUCAAGUUAAAAUUCCAAAAAGUGCACUCGGUGGGACAGAUUACAAAACCUUCAUUAGUACAUUGUCUCGAGUGCAAAUGUAUUUACCAAGUUGGUAUUACAAUUCGUUAGUAUUGGCCAAAGCCCUUGGAGAUUUUGACUCCAUUCUCCUGUAUUGCGCUCAACGUUUUGCAAGAGAAAUCAAAAUUCAAAAAGCCAUCACAGGAGCUCUCAUUUAUCCUGCAAUUAUGACUACCAUAGGUCUAUUGGGAAUUACUUUAUUAUUGACACGAAUUUUACCUCAGAAUAUUGCAAUUUUUGAGAGUAUGGGCCUCACAGUACCCUCGUUCUUGCAGUGGACAAAUUAUCUUGUUCGAAGUGUUCAAUAUCACUGGUUGGCACUUCUCUAUAUCAUUCCCUCGACCAUGUCAUCCGAAUACCUGCCAUUCAAAUCAUUUCUCAGGUGGCAAUACAUCAAAAUGCACACUCCUUUGGGUAAUUUGAAAUUUUUGCAAGACAAGGCCACUCUCUUACAUACAUUGUCUCUUCUCGACAAGGAGCAAAUUACUUCAAAACUACUCAUUGUUUGCUCGAAUAUUAGUUCAAAUCCAAUUCUACAGCACAUGGUCGAGAGUAUGGCAAGUUUGGCCAAGUAUGGUGCUGGUGCAGAUGACGUUUUGGCAUACAUGUUAAAACAAAAGCACAUUUUCUCGCCGUACGAAAUUGCUUAUUUGCAAGCUUGCUUUAUGAGUGGAAAGCACAGCAUUAUUCAAGACGGAUUGAAAUAUGUCUCGCAGAUGAUACUCAAACAAUAUACCCAACAGUUGCAGACAUUAUUGAAAAUUCUAAACCCGGCCACUGUGGCCAUAAUUGGAGUAUUGGUGAUUGUGAUUGCUGUGCUUGGUAUUUAUCCAAUGAUUGCCCUGACAGGAGCUGUCACUGCAAACAAGUAG